AUGGCAAGACAAUCCACCCUUGACCCCCAUCUCUCUCCACGCGCUGGUCCAUCGAGCAAAGACCCUCAUAAAUCACCUAUCGAAGCUGGUCCAUCGACCCGAUCUCCUCACCAAUCUCCCACCAAACGACGUCAACCCGCAACACGCAGAUACAGCCCUGGAGGGGAUAGCGAAGGUUCCGAGGGGUUGGCAGGAGUCGUCUUGUCUCAGAUCAAAGUGGGGUCAGGAACACGAGGGAGGAAACAUUUGCGUUCUAAUAGUGAAGACCAGCGAGAUCCAAACAAUGAGGAUGUUUAUUCAGAAAAGGAUCUUGAGAGCGAAAGAAAUGAUGGCGACUACCAUGAGGCUGAGGGUGGGGAUUUCGAGGAGCAACACCCGGAUGAUUCUAGGGAGAACGAGGGCCAUCAGCAGCAACAAGCAUUUGGGGUUGAAUAUGAUGAAGAAGGAGAAGAUGAGUUGGAUACUGAUAUUGAGAUUGAAGAAGUUGUCAAAUCAAGGGGAAAGGGGAAAGGCAGGGUCAAAAAAGGGAAUAACGAGAUACCCCAGGACAAUGUGAGACCAGAAGGGGGAAGGAAACAAAUUGUUCAAGACGAAGAAGAAGAAGAAAACACACGUAAAAACAUCGCAACCACUGGAGUAGAUAAAAAAGGAAAGCCGAGGUCUAAUUUGCAAGAGAACAGGUCUGGAGAAAAUAAAAACGCUCAGACACCUGAGAAAAAGGGUAAAAUCGUUUUUGUUGGACAACCUGGAAAGCCAUCCAGUGCGCAAAGAAAAGGAAGGAAAAUACCUUAUAUCCUCCUCGAUCCUCUUUCACCUUCGUCGGGACAUAGGAGUCAACGGAUGGAACGACAAUUGGGGAUAUCUGAGAUAGAGGGUUCUCCCGCUCCGACUUCAAGAACUCGUUUGGCUACAAAUACGAAAACGAGUGUGAAACCCUCUGCUGAAAGGGGGAGGGGAAAACCGUCGCGUGUUGCGAUCCUGCGUGGAGAGGAAGAUCCGCAAAGAGUUGGAAUGAGCUCUGAGGACGAAGAACUGUCUAUGGAUCUGGCCGACUCAAGCAAUAGAAGUAAGGGUGGACAAGUAGAACGACGACGGGGAGGGAGAGGUGGUAAAGGCUUUAAGGAAGGAAAGAUCUCAUCGUCAAGAACCACCACUGCAUUCGUAGAGAUACCCACUCUAUCACCUCAAAUCUUGAGUCAAUAUAUCAUCAAUGCCGAUUCUCAUAUUUUUCCCUCUUCCGACCGGAAUGGAAUUGCCCCUCACAUGGAAGAAAAUCACUUUAUACCUCCACUCGAAACUGACCAAUUACCCGGGAUAUCAGAAGAUAUGGUCCAUGCUGCUCUUUUCCUAAACGAUCAAGAUGAUCUUCUAGUGUUUGACAAUCCCCCAGAAGGUCAAAUGGAGGAAGAUGGAUAUAUUUCAGAUUCGUUUUUGGAUAUUUUGACCGCUACGACUCCUGCAGGUGGUGAUUUUGGUGUGGAUCAUGCGGACGAGGAGAUAGAAAAUGGUCCAUCUAGCACAUCAAAGGUAGUUGAUCCUGUUGUGGACGUUGACGGGGAGGAGAAGGAAAAGGAGAUGAAGAAGAAAAAGACCAGUGGUCAUGUCAGUUCAGCAGAAUCCUCACUUGACGAAGAUGAGAUGCAAAGAACUAUAAAGAAACACAUUGGAGAGAAACGAAAAGUUGUCACUACCUACAGAACUGGAAAGGGUAAAGAAAAGGCUUUCAACGAAGGAGGCAAAAGGCGAACCGAAGAUGGACAUUCGUCCAAGAGUAUGAAAAACAAAGACAGAAAAGGAAAAGGAAAACAAGUUGAUAAACCUUCUAAAGGACAAUCUCACCGCGAAAAAGGACACAAAAAUAAAAGUUCUAAACGAUCUCAUUCAUCUUCUCCUGAAGAUAUGGUAGAAGAUCUUAAGCUAGAUGAACCAGAACGUUUCAAAUCUUCCACACGUCUACGUGAACGUGUAAAAGAAACUGUUUUUCAACGUAAAAUGCGUCAUCUUCGUGCUCGUCGAUUAGGUUUAGAAGAAUCUUCUUCAUCUUCUGAAUCUUCCACUUCUGAUGAUUCAGAAGAAGAUGAUGAUGAUGAUGAAAGUGAAAGUGAUGAAGAAGAUUUCAUAAUUGAUGAUGGUGGUCAUGUACCUGAUGAUUUAUUACCACAUCAAUUUUCUCUCAACUCUGCUCAAACUCCGGAAUUCAAGUUGAAAGUCGUCUUUCAAUAUUUUGUUUUGUUAGCUGUCAAAGGACCAAAGAUCUUACCUUUGAAAGGUGAUGCAGCGGGAUAUUUAUUACCUCAAUUAGAAGAUCAAAGAAGGAAGAUGACUGGUUAUAGGGAAGGUAGAGUCAGAAGUCAAAUUUGGCCAAGUAGGUUGGUGAAAGCUUUAGAGAGGUAUCCUGUUUAUCGAGCGAUCAGACUAGAUCACCCCACUGAACAUUGUGACGCAUGUAAUCGUUCAAAUUACAAAUCAGUCAUUCAGAUUAAUCUCGAUGGGGACGAUUACGAUAGAAACAACUACGAACCUCUCGAUUCAGAUUCUGAUUCGGAUUCAAAAUCGGAAUCAGAAUCUAGUUCUUCCAUCGAUUCAGAAGAUAAAUUACCCAAAGAAUUAUUCAUGGGUACUCAUUGUCAUAAACGUACAGAAGUGUAUCAUAAAAUGUGUCAUUGGGAACUCGACCUCUUCCAACGUAUACGUCAACAUCAUCGUGAUCUUCUCAGAGCCCGUCGUUUACCAGUUCCAUCAGAUUCGGAAGCUUCAUCCUCCGCCUCUGACCCUGAUUCAGAUCCGGAAGAAGUGGCCGAUAGACGAGCAAAUAGGGAACGUCGGAGAGCAGCUACGGAGAAAAGAGUAAAGUUGUUACAGAGGAGAGGGAGGUUACCUGAGAAAGCGAAAGAUGUGGAUGAAGUUACCCAGUGGAUGGAUGAGAUGGGGUACCAGACCAGGGCAUUCCGAUGGAUGGAAAGUUUGAUCGCAGAGAGCGCAAGGUUGGAGUUUGACAAGUCGACUGACUGA